AUGUGUGGAAUUCUAGGCAUAGUGUUGGCAGACCAACAGAAGAACGUGGCCCCCGAGUUGUUCGAGGGAGCCAUGUUCUUACAGCAUCGUGGUCAAGAUGCCGCAGGUAUCGUUACUUGUGGUACCAAGGGUAGGUUUUACCAGUGCAAGGGUAAUGGUAUGGCCAGAGAUGUGUUCACUCAGCAGAGGAUGGUCAACCUCGUUGGAAACAUGGGUAUCACCCAUUUGAGGUACCCCACUGCUGGUUCAUCGGCAGGGAGUGAGGCCCAGCCGUUUUACGUCAACUCGCCCUACGGGAUCACCUUGAGUCACAACGGUAACUUAGUCAACUCCAUCGAGUUGAGAAAGUACUUGGACGAGGUUGUCCACCGUCACAUCAACACUGACUCCGAUUCCGAGUUGUUGACCAAUGUGUUUGCCGCCGAGUUGGACAAGUUCAACAAGUCAAGAGUCAACAACCAAGAUUUAUUUUCCGCUUUGACCGGCACCAUGGAGGCUAUCAGAGGUGCCUAUGCGUGCGUGGCCAUGUUGGCUGGUUACGGGAUCAUUGGGUUCCGUGAUCCCAACGGUAUCAGACCGCUCUUGUUCGGUGAGAGAAUCAACGCCGACAAGUCUCGCGAUUACAUGUUGGCAUCGGAGUCGGUGGUGUUGAAGGCACAUGGAUUCCAUACCUUCAGAGAUGUCAAGCCAGGUGAGGCCGUGAUCAUUCCCAAGGACUCCUCCGGGGUGGUCAAGCCCGAGUUCCGCCAGGUCGUCGAGCCCAAGGUGUUUGCACCCGACAUCUUCGAGUACGUGUACUUUGCCAGGCCCGACUCGGUGUUGGACGGGGUUUCGGUGUACCACUCCCGACUCGAGAUGGGAAUUAAGUUGGCAGCCAAGAUCUCCAAGGUCGAGGACCUUGACAUCGAUGUGGUGAUCCCGGUUCCAGACACCUCUAGAACAUCAGCGUCACAGUGUGCGGUGUCGUUGAACAUUCCCUACAGAGAAGGGUUUGUCAAGAAUAGAUACAUCGGCAGAACGUUUAUCAUGCCUGACCAGCAGGAGAGACGGUCUUCGGUGAGAAGAAAAUUGAACGCCAUGGAGUCCGAGUUCAAGGGCAGAAACGUGUUGUUGGUGGACGACUCGAUCGUCAGAGGGACCACCUCCAAAGAGAUCGUGGCCAUGGCUCGCGAAGCCGGUGCCAAACAUGUGUACUUUGCCUCUUGCGCACCUCCCAUCAGAUUCAAUCACAUCUACGGAAUUGACUUGGCCGAUACCAAGGCGUUGGUGGGGUUCAACCGUGACGAAGACGAGAUCGCCAAGGUGAUUGGUGCCGACAAGGUGAUCUUCCAGGACUUGGAGGACUUGAUAUCGUGCUGCACCAGCGACCAGUUGAAGCAGUUCGAGGUAGGUGUCUUCACCGGUAGCUACGUCACCGGGGUCGAGGACAACUACUUGCAAGAAUUAGAGAAGAUCCGGGCCCAGAACCAGCGCCUUCGUGAUCGUAGAGACAGAGGCUUCAGUGUGGACGCCUGUAUUGACGCUUCCGAUAUGGUGGACGUCAAGGCCGAGCUGGAUAUCAGCAUCUACAACAGGGGAGAUUAUUAG